AUGACCUUCGACCACAACAACCCGCUUCAGGUGUCGCUACCUUAUGUGUUCACCAACCCCCAAGACUACCCCACCGAGGUGAUGGCGUCACGGUUCCAGGCGUGGCGGUCCAUCAUCAAGGACUUGGUCAGCUACCUCAAGGAAUACGCCAGCGUCCAGGAAGAAAUCGUCAGACAGCAAAUGCGCCUCCAGCAGGCAGUGGGGACAUCCACAGCCCCACCAACCUCCCUGGGCCACUCGGCACAUCACAACAAUGCAGCCACCGCCCGCAAGGAGGAGUUGAACGCCAUCAACAAGUUCUUCUUGCCGAUUGGAAACGGCUCGAUUCAAGACAUCCCUAGCAUUUUGACCAAGUUCCACCAGCAAAACGUCACCAACGCCUCGAAAACCCUCAAGGAGAUCAACAACGUGAUUAUCCCCAAACUUGAGGAGUUGAGAAAGGAUUUGCAGGUCAAAAUCAAGGAAAUCAAGAACUUGCAGAAUGAUUUCAAGACUAGCUUGGGCAAGGAAAUCACCGAAACAAAGGCGUUGAUGAACCAGUACCAGCAGGCAAUCACGGCCUCUAACAAGUUAGACGAUGGCUCGUCUCAGCACCAUGUGGACGGAAGCUCCGACCACGGGAAAAACGACCCCUACUUGGUCAAAAUAAGAUUGGACAGACAAUUGAAGAGACAGCUUAACGAAGAAAACUACUUGUACCAAGCCUACGCCAACUUGCAGAAUGCAGGGGGUAACUUGGAGUCCAUUGUCGUGUUGGAGAUUCAAAACUACUUGUCCCAGUUCUUGAACCUUUUGAACACCGAAAACUCUUCCCUCCCCGAGUUUUUACUUCCUAAUUUCAACAACGGGUUCUUAUCUAAAGAGGCUACUUUCGAGUGGAAUUCCUUCAUCUCUAGGAACUUGCCUUCUAACUCAAUCGCUAGUGCUGCCAUUGGAAACAAUUCGUUUGCCAUCAAGGCAGGUACCUUCAUUGACCUUUCAUUCCCAUCUAGAAAGGUGGCUGACCUUAAUGUACCAAAUUUCGAUUCUACCUUGAAUGCUGCUGUUAGAGAAGGCUUUUUGGAAAGAAGAUCAAAAUACUUGAAGAGUUACUCAAGUGGCUGGUACGUGUUAACUUGCAACUAUCUUCACGAAUUUAAAACUGCCGAUCGUAAGAAGGACCAACAACCUGCAAUGUCGUUACCUUUGGAUUCCUGUACUGUGACUGAACACUCAAAAGACGAUGGUAAGACUGGUGGAGUGUACAAGUUCAUUUUGAGCUCAAAACUGGCCAAUGGUUUGAUGCAUAGAACUCACAACUGGGUUUUCAGAACCGAUACCUACAAGAGCAUGAUUAACUGGUAUUCUGAUAUCAAGGCCUUAACCAGCUUACCUACUCCUUCCUCGAGAGCAAGAUAUCUCAGCAAGAAGAAGGGAACAGAAACAACCACUACAUCUAAGAGGCUCUCUCGAAACUCCAGUGUUUUAUCGUCAGGAACUGCUGCCAGAUCAAUCAAAUCUGGAUUGACCAAUGCAUCUCCCCCUCAUGGUGAAUCUCAUGUGAAUGGUAAGCAGAGGCCGUUGUCGCAAGCUACAUCCAUUCUUAAUGCUCAUAGAUUAUCAUCUACAUUUUCACAGAAGAAUAACCAAUCGCCAAGAUUGGCCAACAUGAUCAACAGUGAUGGAACAAUUAUAACACCUGUGGACACCUUCGACGAUGAAGCCAAGUCGCCAGAGCAACCCGGUCACACUCAUGAACAGAGAGAUCAUGAAAAUAAGCAGCCAAGCCAAUCUCAGGUCAAGAAUGCUCAACCAUCUGUUCCAUUCCCCAAUCAACAAUUUCUCACGCCUCAACAGAACUAUCCCUACUACUUGGCGCCUCAACCUGGACAAGCUCAGCCACAGCAGUUUUAUGAUCCAGUUCAACAGCAGUACUUCACCUUGACCCCUUCCAUGCCCAACCAAGGUCAACAUCCCCAACCUCAAUACUUCCCAGCCUCACCACAACCCAACACUCAGCAGCAGCAAUUUGUAAGUGUGCCGCAAACAGCGCAAGCACCACAAGUACCAGGCUCUCCAGGAGUACCUUCUCAACCAAUUGCGAUUAACACUGCAAAUUACUUUCCUCAGUACGUCCAAGCAAAUGGCGGCCCUGCUCAAUUCGGGGAGGCACUUCCAUACCCAGCACACCUCCAACCUGUGAUCACCUCGACCGAUAGGUUAUCCAUCAAUGAAGACAGAAACGGUGGAGAGCACGAGAAGUUGAACAAGGAGCACACUUUUGCCAAUAAUGAUGUUCCAGACGAGGUUUCGACUUUACAGAGCAACGUUGUCCGCGACGAGCUCAGGGACGAUGUGGAUGAUGACGAAGAUGAUGAUGACGAGGAUGACGAUGACGAGGUGGCAGAGCUGGCAGAUGCAGACAGCCCCGUCACGUCGCUGUUGAUGUAG